UGCUGAUCCAUGAUGUGGAAAACAAGAAUAUAUAUAUAUAUAUAUAUAUGGGAUAAAGAAUUACACCUAUCAACCGUGCGUGCGUCAACAGGUGUUGCAAGAAUCUGUGAAUAAAGAAGCCGCCAUAGAUACACAGACAUGUCGUGGCUAGGAUUUAAUAACACAACAUUAAGAUUAAGCAAGGGCUGCCUAUGCUUUAAAGCGAGGGAAUGGCGUGCAUGAAUGUGGGGAUGAAGGAGUUCUCUUUCCAUGAGCCUGCGCAGACGCAGAGAGAAUGGCCCCGCAGCCAUUAGAUUAAGAUGAACCUCAUCCUACGGUGGACGUGAAAACUACUUUAAAAGACAAAAGAAGACAAAAGGACAGAGAAGCAGAGCAGAGGCGGUUUUCUUGGGGAGGAGCUGAAACGGCCAGAAAGCAAACGCAGACAAAAGCACCCACCUCUCUCUCCCCCUUCCGCCACCUCAACGUACCCUAACAUGUACGGACCCAAUCAUCCUCGACCUCCUCACCCCCCCCCUCCCCUCACGUCUUUCUUCUUCUCGUAACCUCCUCUCCUUGCCAUCUUUAUUUAUUCUUCAUAGUUCAUUCAUUCCUUCUUCUACCUCACUCUCAUUCCCACUCUUUCUGCCUCUUCUCAAUCAACUGGAUGGAUCGCAACUUUGUCUCAGCCUAUUCUGGGCCCGAUGACUCCUCCUCCUCCUCCUCCUUGGACCCAAUGUUUUCCGGCGUCAGUCUUCAGUCCAUUCUCAGCCUCAAUCCAUCCGUCUUCUCUGAUUACGCCGCCGGCACUGGGCUUCCCAGUCUUGCUUUCCUACCAGAUGAUUCCCUGUCUCUGAAUCUGCAUGGUGAAGCUGCUCAGGGCUUUAACAGUGAUGAGGACCACAUGGCAGGGACAAGAGAGAAGAAGCCCACUAUCGUGCCCAAACCUGAGCCAGGUCUCUUCGAAUACGCUGCCACCUGUGGGAUCACUUCUCACCCCUUCGACUUCUUCUCCGGCUCCAGUCACUGCCCUACCAGCCUCUACGAUUCAUCAACCUUCAACAUUCUCCCUCAACUCCAUUCCAUCGAGUCCUUUCCUCAUAAGCGUCCCCGCUUCGACUCUCUCGCUUCCACUCCCAACACCAUGCCGGCGGCGCCCCAACACAACCCCGACCCUGCCGCUGUUGGUAACAACUUCUUUGCCAUCGCUCCUGCGCACAACACCAAACCAGCCUCUUCUUCGCUGGAUGCUCCCUUCGGUGAAAAAUCCUCUGCGGCGAUUCCUCAAAGCAACCUGGCUCGUCAGCGACGGCAGAAGCUCAGCGAUAAGACUCGGUGCUUGCAGAAAUUGAUGCCGUGGGACAAGAAGAUGGACCAAGCCACGUUGCUGGAGGAGGCGUACAAGUACGUCAAAUUUCUGCAGGCCCAGUUCAACGCUCUCCAAUCCAUGCCCUCCGAUUCGCCGCCUUUUCUGUCCCACUGUGGUGCUUCGCAUUCCCAAUCCUCCGUUCAGAACAGCGCCGUAUUUGGGGAUUUGGAGAGGUUAAAUCGCAACCAGGUGUUGCAGGUGCUGGUGAACUCGCCUGUGGCUCAAACAAGGCUUUACUCCCAAGGCUUCUGCGUGUUCUCUGUGGAACAGUUAACUCUGCUGAGCAACAUGACAGGGAAGAGGCUUCUUCUGCCACAGAUGAUGUCUGAUAACGCUUCUUCAAAAUCCUUCCUUAAGUGAUGCAUGGCGCUAUAGAGGGAGGACGAUCUCUCACUGACGGCUGGUGGAGCGUGUGGUGAACGCGCUUCCUUGGAAAAUCAUUCUUGUUUUGGUGCUGAUGGCUGGUAGUUAACACUUAACAAUGGCCCUUAGGUUCUAGUU